UUCACUAUGCUUUUCCUUUGCCAUUUUCUUCUUUAAAUUUAAAACUGCUGUACUUAAAUAAAUGACAGAUCCUUCUGAAAUAUGCAGUAAGUGGUGUGAUUAAUUAAAUCUGCUGUAAGGUGAACUAGUAGAAUGGUGCAGAUUUCAGCAAAUGUCUUUUGUGGAUGAAGUCUAAACAGAAGUAGGCAUAGCACGAAACUACAUCAAAGUCCCAUGUUAAAAUCUGUUUGUUAAGAAUCAGCAGCAUUUGUAGUUUGGUAUGGCAUUUCAAUUGUAUUUAUUUUAGUGAUAUUCACAAGGCAGCACACCACCAAUCAUAUAGUACUUAUAUAAAGACAGUGGGAUCAUAUUUAAAUGAAAUUCAUGGCUAGAGGUGAAAAUGAGGUUAUGUUUUGAUCAUUGCUCCACACUUACUUUUAACGGCACCUUUAUAUUUUCUAUUAUAUUAUUUUUGAUUGUAUUCUAUUUUAAUUGUAUGUUUUAUUAUAUGAUUUUAUUGUGUUUUCAGGAUUAGUUUGAUCAGUCAAUAGCUAAAAGGACGAUGAAUGCAAUUGUAGGUAAUAACUCCUGUCUGAUGGUAAUGUCUAGUGUGUGUGUGCGUGCAUGUGUGUUUAUGUGUGUGUGUGUAUGUUUUCACUCAGCAAUGAACUGUCGCCCUGUCCAGGGAUUGUUCCUGUCUUGCAUGCCAUGCUUGCUGGGAUGGGCAUCAGCUUCCCAUGAUCCUGCUCAGGGUUUGAUAAAGAAGUUUUGUGAUACAAUUAAAACAUUUCAUCAUGAGGACCUCCUCAAGAUCACAGAGUAUUACAGACCCUACCUGGCCUAUGUGAUUGAAUAUGACAUCACAAGUAUACUGCAAAACCUAGUCACCAAGAACAUGCUCACCAAUGAUGAGGCCAAGAGAUUCAAAGUCAAAGAAGAGUCUGAGGGGACAGAAGGUGUGGAGUCCUUUAUCAGUGACAUAAUGAAGAUGGACAGAGUGAUACUGGAGGCCCUGUGGAAGGCACUGGCUGAAGAACUUGUGAGAUUUCCAUCACCAAACCUGCCACGAAUACUGAAGGAGGUGUCAGAUGGGGGACCAGACCUCUUAGUGAAGAUUCAUGCCAGUCUCCAGUGUCCUCCCAUUAAGGCUCACAUUAAAGGUCUCCAAGAGAAACACAGAGGUGGUGUGUAUGAAUCCACAAGAACUCUGGAGGAUCAGGCUUCUCCUGAAGAUUCACAAACCAUAGCUGUGGCAUUUGAGGCUCAGUAUACAGAGCUGAUAGUCAUUGGUCAAUACAUAAGAACCUAUUAUGAAAGGCACCAUGAACUUGAGAAAACAGGGAGGACUCAUGCAGAGCUGAUGGAGGAGCGGGCAAAGGAGAAAUGUGAACGCAUCUGGACUGAGCAGCUUUUUAGAAGGAGCCCAGGAAGUGAGUCUUCACCUAACAUUGUAGUGGUCAGUGGGGUUGCUGGAAUUGGGAAAACCACUAUGGUGCAGAAGAUCAUGUUUGACUGGGCCAGAGGCACUCACUACCAGAGGUUUGCAUUUGUGUUCCUGUUUAAAUUCAGGGAGCUCAAUCUCCUAGACAAAGAGACAGAGCCACAGCAGCCCCUGACCAGGCUGAUUGCAAGGCACUAUAAAUAUCUCUAUGAUGACAGACUAAAAGAAAUCCUACAGAAACCUGAAUCUCUCCUCUUUGUACUCGAUGGGCUAGAUGAGUACAAACACAAACUGGACUUCACACAGAGCAAGCUCUGCUCAAACCCAGACGACUACUUUCCUGUUCACAUCCUGGUCACCAGCCUGGUCAGAAGGACAUUAUUGAAGGGCUGUUCAGUUUUGAUCACAAGUAGACCAACAGCCCUGGAAGACCUGGAUAUGGAGAGAGUUGAUCGUUUUGCAGAGAUCCUGGGGUUCUUCCCUGAACAAAGACUGAUGUACUUUAAGAAGUUCUUUGGUGACACUGAUCUGGGUGCUGAGGCUUUUAAAUAUGUGGAGGAGAACGCCAUCCUGUACACCAUGUGUUUCAACCCCUCAUACUGCUGGAUUAUCUGUUCUGUAUUGAAGAAUCAUUUCAUGAAACCUGAAGAAGAGCAAGGAGCCACCCCCAGAACGGUCACUGAGCUCUUUGUUAUGUUCCUUUAUAACAUUCUCACCAAUCACAGGAGAGAAACUGAGGACCAGCGGGGGAUUUUGGUCAAACUGGGAAAGAUGGCUUAUUAUGGUGUGGACAAAAGAAUUCUAGUAUUUUAUGACAAGAUGGAGAUGUCCACCUUUGGUCUCCAGCCAGCCUUGGCCUCUCCGUUCCUCUCAGGGUUCUUAAAAGAAAUCCUUCAGAGAGAAAGCACUCUGGAGCACACAACAUACACAUUCUACCACCUCACCCUGCAGGAGUUCAUGGCUGCCUGCUCCUUCUACCUUGAUCCAUCAGGGAGUGUGGAGGAAGUCCUUGCUAAGUUGGACUCAUGUAAAGAUGGCCGGUUUGAGAUUUUUACAAAAUUUAUUGCAGGACUGGCCAGGUCCUCUGUGUUUAAAACACUGGGGGGAAUCCUGGGAGAAUUUCAGAGAAUGACGGCAAAGAAGAUAUUGGAGUGGGUGAAGAAGAACGCUAGAAAGGCGCUACGGUGUGGAGAUAAAAGUGAAGCUCUGCGAGUGUGUCAAUGGCUCUUUGAAACUCAGAAUGAGAAAUUAAUCAGAGACGCCAUUGGGAAGGAUUUAAAGAUGGGCUUUAAUCACAUGAUUUUAUCUCCACUUGACUGUGCUGUGUUGGGCUCUGUCAUCAGCUGCUGUGGAGAACUUGAGACCCUUGACCUGUCAGGCACACGUCUCACUCCAGAGAGCAUGAGGAGACUGGCACCGGGGCUCAUCUGCUGCAGAAGUGUCAGCCUCAUCUCAUGUGGUCUCACCUCCACAUGUUGCUCAGCUCUCUCCUCAGUCCUUUCUUCAAACUCACGACUGAUUGAAUUGAACCUGAGCAGCAACAACAACAUGGAUAAUUCAGGAGUGGCACAAUUGUGUGAGGGGCUGAGGAGUGAAAACUGUAAAGUAGAGAAACUGAGCCUGCCUUUAUGUCGUCUCACCUCUACAAACUGCUCAGCUCUCUCAUCAGUCUUUUCUUCACCACAUUCACGACUGACUGAUAUUAAGCUGAGCGACAACAACAUGGAGGAUUCAGGAGUGGAUCAACUCUGUGAAGGGCUGAGGAGUGAAAACUGCAAAUUAGAAAAAUUGUGCAUCAUUCAAUGUGGUCUCACCUCCAGAUGUUGCUCAGCUCUCUCUUUAGUUCUUUCUUCUCCACACUCACCACUGACUAAACUGGAGCUGAACAACAACAACUUGGAGUAUUCAGGAGUGAAUCAGCUGUGUGAGGGGCUGAGGAGUGAAAACUGCAAGUUAAAAACACUAAGCCUGUUUCAAUGUGAUCUCCUCUCCACAUGCUGCUCAGCUCUCUCCUCAGCUCUUUCUUCUCCACACUCACAACUGACCGAGCUGGACCUAAGCAAAAACAACAUUGGGGAUUCAGGAGUGGAUCAGCUGUGUGAGGGGCUCAGGAGUGAAAACUGCAAAUUAGAGAAACUGAAUUUGUCCUUAUGUUCUCUCUCCUCAACAUGUUGCUCAGCUCUCUCCUCAGUCCUUUCUUCCUCACACUCACAACUGACUGAAUUGAACCUGAGCACAAACAACAGCAUAAAAGACUCUGCAGUGGAUCAGCUGUGUGAGGGGCUGAGGAGUGAAAACUGUAAAGUAGAGAAACUGAGCCUGUAUCAAUGUGAUCUCAAAUCCAGAUGUGGCUCAUUUCUCUCAUCAGUCGUUUCUUCUCCACACUCACGAUUGACUGAAUUGAUCCUGAGUGGAAAUGAAAUUGGGGACUCAGCCUUGGAUCAGUUGUGUAAGGGAAUGAUUAGUGAAAACUGCAAAUUAGAGAAACUGAGGUUGUCUCAAUGUGGUCUCAGUUCCAGAUGUUGCUCAGUUCUCUCAUCAGUCAUUUCUUCUCCACACUCACGACUGACUGAAUUGAUCCUGAGCAAAAAUGAAAUUGGGGACUCAGCCUUGGCUCAGCUGGGUAAGGGAAUGAGUAGUGAAAACUGCAAAUUAGAGAAACUGAGCUUGUCUGGUUGUGGCCUCACCGAUAGAUGUUGCACAGCUCUCUGCUCGGUUCUCUCCUCUCCACACUCACAGCUGACUUAUCUGGACCUGGACAACAACAAACUGGGAGAUUCAGGAACUCAUCAGCUGUGUAAAGGCCUGAGGAGCCCAAACUGUAAAUUAAAUACACUUGGGCUUUAUUCUACUGGGAUUGGUGAGAAUGAGAAGAAAGACCUGAAGUCACUAGAGGAGGAGCUGGAUAUGACUGGACGACAGAUGGAUAUCAGCGUAACUAUGUUGCUGGCUAGUGAGAAAUGGUGAUCAACUGAAAACAAGGAAUGGUGUCUACUGUCCACACCCUCCAAAUUCUCCUCUUUAUUCUUUUAUAACUUUUUAUAACCUUGUCAACUCUCCUCCACAUAUAACAAACUCUUCAUUUCUUCUUCUGAACUGGAGUGUUUCUUCUUUAAAAUUGCUUUUAUUUGUCCACUCUGUCACUUAACUUAUCACCAUACUCCAUGAGUUAAGACUGGAAAGCCCUGAGUUAAACCAGUUGGAUGAAUACAGUGGGAAGGUCCACAAAUUUCCCCAUUGGGUGAGAAAGUCAUGUGAAGGGAACAGCAAGAGCAAAGACUAUUGUACAGUCCAGUUUUAGUGUGUUGUGGGGAUGAGGCCUGUCCUGGCAUUGGGGACAAAUCUUGGGCAUGGCAUUGGUUUAUAACAGGACAAGGUGAUGGUAAUUUGAGAAGAAACAUCACAGAACUACUGCUCAUCUUCAGGAUUUGGCGUUGUUUAAACCCAUGUCUGCUCUGUUCCUUGUUUGCUGUCCAAUUUACUCACAACUUCUGACUUCUGUGUUUGAGCCAUGUGCUGAUUUGGAUUUUCAUUAAACUUUAACACACACAA